UUUUGAUCAAGUGAUUCGAAUGGGCAACCAAAGCAGCGCGCCCUUGAACGACCCCUGCGCGUCGGCCCUCGACGCGUACCUGGCGUGCGUCGAGAAGAAGAACCAGGAAAGCGGCGGUCUCCGUGACGGCGACGAGUGCGAAGACGAGAUCAAGGCCUACAAGGACUGCCGGCAAGCGCACAAGAAGGCCAAGAAGACACCACCGGCCGAGUAGAGCGGUCGCGCCUCGUAGCGUAAUAGAGACCAUGCGAUGCGAUCUGCGCAGGUUCCUUGCGACCGGUGCAUGACCGUCACCCAUCGACCUGUCUUGGGCGCUGACAGCUACAGCGUGACCAUAGACAGGGACGUGCGGCUCGUCACGUGCGCUCCAUCCGAUCGGGCCCUGUCCAUCGCGCGUCCAGGUGCUGGUCCUAUUGCUCGAUGCUCCACCUCGGCGGUGCGGGAUGCAUACAUAUCGUUAUAUUUAUUGAUAAUGGUGGU